CGGCGGCGCUGAGGGGCGGCAGCGCUGAGGGGCGGCCCGGCCCGGUGCGGACAUGCCGCUGGCCAAGGACCUGGUGCAUCCCUCCUUGGAGGAUGAGAAGAGGAAGCACAAAAAGAAACGUCUCGUGCAGAGCCCGAACUCCUACUUUAUGGAUGUAAAAUGUCCAGGAUGCUACAAGAUCACCACAGUGUUCAGCCAUGCUCAGACAGUAGUUCUGUGUGUAGGGUGCUCAACUGUGCUGUGUCAGCCAACUGGGGGCAAAGCCAGGCUCACAGAAGGCUGUUCAUUUAGAAGAAAGCAACACUGAGCAGUUCAGCAUGUGAUUUUUGGAUCUGUGUUCCUGAAAGCCUUACCAGUUUAAAAAUGCCUGUUACAACAACAAUGUGAUUAUGAUUGAUUUUGUACAAAUUACAUGCUCCUGCUGACUAAUCUGCUGGAAUCUCUUUUUCAAUAAAUGAUCUGAAGUGCAA